GGCCGGUAGCGCCGCUGUCGGUCGCGCGCGCGCGAGGGGGCCGGUCGCCUCGGAGGGACCCGUCGGGUCGCGGACGCUCGCCGCGGGCCGCACAGCUCAGCGCCGACACGGUCAGCCAGCCCCGCGGCGUCCAGCAUGGACUUCGAGGACGAUUACGUACACUCUGCUUCCAGGAAUACUUACCAGGGCUUUAAUGGAAUGGAUCGUGAUUAUGGCCCUGGAUCUUAUGGAGGGCUGGAUCGUGACUAUGGCCAUGGAUCCUAUGGGGGUCAAAGAUCCAUGGAUUCCUACCUAAACCAGUCCUAUGGCAUGGACAAUCACAGUGGUGGUGGUGGGGGUAGCAGGUUUGGACCUUAUGAGUCUUACGACUCCAGGUCUUCUCUGGGUGGGCGAGAUCUGUACAGAUCUGGCUAUGGUUUUAAUGAACCCGAACAAAGCCGCUUCGGAGGUAGUUAUGGUGGUCGAUUUGAGAGCUCCUACCGGAAUAGCCUUGACUCUUUCGGAGGUAGAAACCAGGGCGGGUCUAGCUGGGAAGAACCUUACUCCCGUUCAAAAUUGAGGCCUGGGUUUAUGGAGGACAGAGGAAGAGAGAAUUACUCUUCCUACAGCAGUUUUUCUUCACCCCAUAUGAAGCCUGCACCUGUAGGCUCUCGGGGGAGAGGAACGCCUGCUUAUCCUGAAAGUACGUUUGGAAGCAGAAACUAUGAUGCUUUUGGAGGACCAUCAACAGGCAGAGGCCGAGGCCGAGGACAUAUGGGUGAUUUUGGAAGCAUUCAUAGACCUGGAAUUAUUGUUGACUAUCAAAACAAAUCUACCAGUGUGCCGAUUGCUACUACAAGAGGAAUAAAAAGAAAAAUGAUGCAAAUAUUUAAUAAGCCCGGGGGAACCUUUAUCAAGAAACCUAAGCUAGCAAAACCUAUGGAGAAGAUGAACCUCAGCAAAUCACCUGCAAAAACUGAUCCUAAAAAUGAAGAAGAAGAAAAGCGGCGAGUUGAGGCACGGCGGGAGAAGCAAAGACGUAGACGAGAGAAAAACAGUGAGAAAUAUGGAGAUGGAUACAGAAUGGCAUUCACAUGUUCAUUUUGUAAAUUUCGAACCUUUGAAGAAAAAGAUAUUGAGCUGCAUCUGGAAAGUUCUUCACACCAGGAAACAUUAGAUCAUAUUCAGAAACAAACCAAAUUUGAUAAAGUAGUUAUGGAAUUUUUACAUGAAUGUAUGGUGAAUAAGUUUAAAAAAGCUUCUAUUCGUAAGCAACAGACACUUAAUCACCCAGAAGCUUACAAAAUAAUUGAAAAGGAUGUUAUGGAAGGUGUCACUGCGGAUGAUCACAUGAUGAAAGUCGAGACUGUUCACUGUAGUGCGUGCAGCGUCUACAUCCCUGCCUUCCAUAGCUCCGUCCAGCAGCACCUAAAGUCUCCUGACCAUGUCAAAGGGAAGCAGGCUUAUAAGGAACAAAUAAAAAGAGAAAGUGUGCUGACUGCUACAAGCAUCUUAAAUAAUCCAAUCGUGAAGGCGAGGUACGAGCGCUUUGUUAAGGGAGAGAAUCCUUUUGAAAUUCAAGAUCAUUCUCAGGAUCAGCAGAUAGAAGGGGAUGAAGAGGACGAAGAGAAGAUUGAUGAACCCGUUGAAGAGGACGACGAGGAAGAGGAGGAGGGGGAGGAGGAUGAAGAAGUAGAGGAAGUGGGGGAAACAGAAGAGGUGGAAGAAGAGGAGGAAGGAGGGGAAGCUGGAGUAGUGGAGGGAGAAGGAGAUCUAGAGGGAGGGGAGAGAACAGCAGAAUCAGGGGAUGAGAACGUGGGAGAAGCAGAGAAUGAGGAGGGGGAGGGGGAAGGGAAGGAGGAGUCUGCCACCUGUCCUGCUGAGCAGUGUGAGCAGAGUCAGGUGUAGUGUGUUAGACCUGAGUGGAGCUUUACACCUGUCCUACUGUAGAAAAGAGAAGACAUUUAAUAGAUUAUGAUAUUAAUUGAUACCAUGUUGCAUGCAUUCCACCUAUAAAAUUUUUUUUGUAUGAUUUCUAAACGUUUGGCACUUGUUUAAUAAAAUGAAGUUAAGAUGA